AUGUGGUGGUCGGCUCGGCAAGUCGGUAAAUCAGAGUGAAUCGGGCGAACCGCUCCUAUCCGUCAACUUUUUUUGCUUCGAUAUCACUGAUAGCGCCGCAAAUAAAUUCUCGAGCUCAACUGGAUUGAUCAAGAAGACUACGGUAAUUAGUUUAAGAAAUAUGUGGGAGGAAGAGAAAGCAUGUGCUCGCAUCAGAAGCAGGAUAAGAAAGAUAUCACUCGUGAGCCACGCCCAGUACGGUUUAACGUAUAAAAUCAGAGGAGCGCGGCCUGAAUUCAUUCCUCUGCUGCUGCUCUGCCACCCGGACACUUCCUUCAAACUCGACAUCUCUGGAAACGUGAGUCGUCAAGUGAAUCUAGAAAUUGUAUACCGUAAAUGCCGUAUUAGAAAGGACUACAUUGUAUAUUAGUGGUUCGUAGGGUAUUACGUGCUUUUUCACUUUUCUACAACUUUUUCGACUUUGAUUCCUGAUAUUUCUACUUUUUACACCUUCCCAAUUGCACUUCUUCCAAUCUCUGUGUUUAGAGUUCGUUCGUCCGCAGCCAUGUGGUCCUACCGACCUCAUCUGCUGUUCCUGAUCCUUCUCGCGUCACCGACUUGGGUCUUCGGCUUUUACUAUGGGCUGCUCCUCAAAGAAGCAACAUCAAUAAUUCAUUUCUUUGGUAAUGUGACUUGCUUGAAGGGACACCCUUUCAUCUUCGAUAUCACCGUCGAGGAAGAUGACAUCGGACGAUUGUAAGUUUCAACUUUAUAACUUCAAUAUUCUUUUUGACUUAGCAACGAUGAUUUUGUUUUCUAUGAAAGAAGAUCAAGAAGCAAUGAUGCGGGCGUCGGAUUCUAUGAACGAAAUGCGACAUUGUAUGGAGACGGCUUUUUCAACCUUGUAAUUGAAAUUACCAUUAUAGACAUAAAAACCAUUUUUCAGGGUUACUAUGACUUCAGAUUUACUGUCAAGCAUACGUGCCAUCACUCGGAAGGCUAUAGGUGGUUAUUUAAUCAUUUUGAGACACAGGCAGCGAUUAUAAAUGGGUAUGUGUAAAAAUGUUACCUUAUGUUGCAUGCAUUUUGUUUUCAGGGUUUACGAUGUAAAGUUGGAUAUUGUGCUAGAUGGGUGGCCAGGGCAAUGCUCUUAUUAUAUGAAGGUCUGA